AUGGAAGACUGCACCGUCAGUGGAUAUCAUGUCUCAAAAGGCACACGCCUUCUUGUCAAUCUUUCAAAGCUUCAUAAAGACCCAAAAAUCUGGUCAGAUACAAACGAGUUUCGGCCUGAACGCUUUCUUACAACUCACAAAGCCAUUGAUGUACGACGCCAGAAUUUUGAAUUAAUUUCGUUUGGCAGCGGUAGAAGAAUGUGCCCUGCAGUAUCACUUGCACUUCAGUUUAUGCAACUCACUCUUGCUGCUUUGCUUCAUGGCUUUGACAUGACAACCCCCUCCAAUGAAGCGUUUGAUAUGUGUGAGAAAUUUGGACUGACCAGCAUGAAAGCCUCCCCACUUGAUGUCCUUCUCACCCCAGGCCUUCCUGCUAAUCUUUAUUAUUAA